GAAGAACCGGCUUAGUUAUUGGGUGCUGGCUCGUGGAGGCUGGAAUCGCUCGGGACGGCGAAGAAGCGCUGCGGAUCAUCGAACGGGAAUGGCGAACCGUCGAGAAGUGCAAGCGUUUUCCGCACUCGCCAGAGACUGGCCCGCAGUUCGAGUUUGUUAGGAACUUCACGAGUCCAGCGAUGGUGCUUGUCUAAGGGACGGUACUAGUGCGCGCUUUUUGCUUGCCUGCUUUGUUUUCCAUACCUUUGUAUCCAAAUGCUCCUCCCACGCCCCUAUGGAAUCCACCUCGCAUCCUUCACGUCCAUGCAUGUAGCUACUAUAUCCCUAUUCAUAUUUCCGCUGGACCCUGGCAUGGUCACUAGUACUGCUAGUCUCGUACGUACCUGGGCACCCUUCUUCCCUCUUGUGCUGGUCACUUUCCCUCUUGUUAUGGUCAUGUGCACAAUCACAGAUAAUGAAACGCCAUGCCACACUUACAUACGUCUUCGAGCUUCACUUUAAGUAGAAGCUUGGUAGCAUAGGAUGUGCACUGCGAUGAAUGAAUUGCUUUUAAGAGACAAACAUGCGCUUACGAUGGGCUUAUACGAAUGAGGAGAACGCUUGAGUGCCAGCGCACCACCUCCAGCUGAGGGUGUGCAGCACUCACGAAACGUGGCAUGCACACCAACAGAAUGGAACAGAAGAAGCGCUAACUGCGGCUGCAGAAACGGCUAGAAGUCUUUGGGUGCAGAAAAAGAUAGUUUGUCGUUUCAUUUCACUCACAAACACGAUUUUCCUUCGUG